GUUCUGCCAGGUAUCAAGUUUAUUAUUAUGGCAGAUCCUCGUCAGACUGGGAUCGACUCGCUUCUCAGGAAGAUUUACGAGAUCUAUUCUGAUUUCGCUCUGAAGAACCCCUUCUACUCACUGGAGAUGCCCAUCAGGUGUGAAUUGUUCGAUCAGAAUUUGAAAUUGGCGCUGGAAGUCGUGGAGAAAGCCGGAACUUUUGGACCAGGGUCCUGAUCUGGAAACAAGACUGGGAUUUAAAAGAACAUCUUCAUCCACACUCAGAAAUUUGAAGGCAUUCUAAGAAAAGUCCAGUAGGCAAGCGUUUUGACUAGUGCUGUCACCAGCCUAUCUGAACUGCUGCAGUAAUGUCUGCUCCUGUUAUAAAGUGCGCUCCCCCUGUAUUUGCUUUACUAUGCAUUCUCCACACUGGGAUAUGAGUGAGCAAUGCAUGGUGAGAGAGGGAAUGGACAUGCUUGGAGCAACAUUGCUUUCAGCAGCUUCCACAUCAGGGUAUUGGCAAUGAAAACACAACUCCAGCGUAUUUUAUUACAGUAGUGUUAAACAUAAACUGUUUUUUCCUAUCACUGUGUACCUUAUGAUUGAGGGUUUAAAGUUACAUCCCACUGUAGCUUGUGGCCACUUCUCUCAUGUCUCAAGGGACAGCACUGUACAUAUUUCAUAUAGAUAUAAAAAUGUGGUAUGAUAAAUUUCUGUCUAAUUUAAUGAUGGCACGUUCAGGGCUGCAAGUUUGGAAAUGUGUGUGUUUUUUUUUUUCUGUUGUAAAUACUGUAAGAAGAAUAAACAAUCUUGCUUGAGAAAUAGUUUUUUGGUUUAAACUUUCCCCAGUGCACAGCAAACCUUACACCUUCUGUGUUCGUUAUUGGUGCAGCUGAAAACUAUCCACAAACUUCAUAACAGAAACAGCAGCUGUAUGGAUUUUAAUCAGUCAGUUGUGUAAAGCACUCCCAGCGACUCCAUAAUAGCCAUGUCUCCCUCCUAAGCUGCUUGCAUGAGCACCGCCCUGACUGUGCAGGAUGCUGUCUCUCGGUGCCAGGGGGAGCGGGGAGCAGGUGAACUGAGCAAUGUGAAUGAGGUGGAAUGAAAGUAAGGAAAUUGGCACACUGGUAAAACAGUGCCAUGAUAGUGGCAUUGCAUGGCAUCAGCAGUGAAGUGGCAGAUAAAAUGAAAGGUACACAAAACCCACUCAAUGUUACAUUAUUCAAGGUCUAAAUCUGAAAUCAGGAAGACGCUGCUAGGAUUUAUUCAUCAACAUUCACGUCAGUUUGGUUGAACUAUUUAAUAAAUAACGCACUGUUUAUUGAACCUCCCCCUUUCUCCAGGGGCAAUGUGGAAAUUACAGAGAAGGAUUAAGAGUAAAACAAUCUGACACAAAGGCAUGUAGUGUUUUAAUACUCUUAGUGUUGAGAUAUUUUAUUAAUGACAUACACACAGCUUUGUAAUGUAACACCAACUCACAGUCAUGUCCUUACUGGAAUCAAAAAUAGACGACUGUCGUUUAAUAAAACAUCUAUCACAGGUAAUAAUCAUUAUUAUCAGAAGUGGUGUUACCUGUUUUAUUGAAAUAAUACUUUCUUAGUCGUUUACAAGGAAGCUGUGUGGGUUCGUACCAGAUAAAGAUGAUGCUAGGGGGGAAAAAUCUGAUUUCUAACAAACCAGGCAAAAAAAUAAAUAAAACGGCUAAUUUCCCUGCCACAUAACAUAUUGUAUUAAAAUAUCUAUUUAAAAAAAAAAAAAAAAAA